UGGUGGUUACGCUACCUGUUUCGAAGCCGGCGGCUGGUCUUUCAGUUUCCGUCAAGUCUGCCGGUAAGACGGGUUAGGUGCUUGAAAUAUCUGACGGAAAAUUAUUAACUGCUACCCGCUUCUUUCAUUUAGUUCCGCACAGUAUUUUGACAGUGGUGCUCAUAUUUCUCUAGUGUUCAGUCACCAAACGAUGCUGGAAUUUUGAAUUAGGUAAAAUACAUUUAUUCCCAGACCUGGCAACAAUGAAAGUUUCCUUUCGAAUGAGGAUUCUGUUGCUUAGUCUGGUUUCUUGUAUUCUAGUACCAAAUGCUCAGUCAUUAAGCUGCCCCUCUGGAAAGCUGACCUUUGUCCGCAGGCUGUUCUCCAAACUCAAACUUGAUUCGUUACCUGCCGGUGAUGUUAUUCAAGUGCACGAAAGUCCACCUUCGGAAUGUUUCGCUCUUUGCAUGCAGGAUGACAGCUGCUCAGCAUACUUUAUCGAUUACAAGAAUAGCUCUUGCCUUAUAGUCCACAAUGUUACUACAGCGGAGCUGGAGAACGAAUUAGUGCAAGACGGAUAUAGUAGUUACCACAGAAAAUUAUGUUUACCUGAUACACAAUGCAAGCACGAGUGGGAGUUUGAUGAAGUCCAAGGCGUUCAGCUUUUCCACUACCUCGAUAAGAUAAUUACAAAUAUAAACUCUAGUGAUCUUUGCAUGUCUCUCUGUCUUUCGGAACCCACAUUCACAUGUCGAUCUGCUAGGUUCAACCAGACAAAUUAUGAGUGCAUUCUCAGUCAACAUAACCGUCGAACAGCAGCCGAAGUAUUCCGACAGUCGCCGAAUCCUGGUUCGGUACUCUAUCUCGAACGACAGUGUGUGGAAGAGCCUACAGGAUGCCAGUUCCGCAGCAGGCAGUCACGUGCAAUCUUACGGCGCCAUCGUCAUGUUCAAGUCAUCAAGAAUAUAACCACUCGUGAGCAAUGUGAAAUUUCCUGCCUUCACACCGCUCCUUUCCUUUGCCGUUCCUAUGAAUUCGAUGGCGAGACCUGUAUUCUCAGUCCCGAGGACUCUGCAUCAGAGUUUGGACCCUUAGAACAACCCGUCAAAGCUCUCGAAGAAACGUCAGAAGUCGAUACUGGCGCUGUUUAUUUUGAAAAGGAAUCGUGUGUUGAUGUGGACGUUCAAUGUGGAGCCACUGCUAUGAAAGCUGUAGUUCGUGUCUCGACCCCUUUCCGAGGACGAGUGUAUGCUGCCGGACAUCCUUAUGACUGCUAUUCCGUGACUGUUACUGAUGAUGGCCACGUCACACUUUCUAUUCCGCUGCAUGGACGACAAUGUGGAACCAAGAAUCUUGGCAACGGAACAUUUACAAACGUUGUUGUGGUUCAACACCAUCCCUUUGUUCUUCGCACUUCAGACAGGAGGAUAGAUGUUGCCUGUGACUAUGAAGAAAUGAAACUCAAAAUCAGAGGUUCAAAAUCAGUUAAACAUGGAGAAUUGAAGCCUCUGGCUCAUACCGUAACUGCAGUUGCUCAGACACCUCCCAUCCGGCUACGAGUGGUCAACGCGAGUAACCAAGACGUGAAAGGUGUGGAACUCGGUGACCCCCUCUUCUUGAAAGUGGAACUGGCUGACGAGAGCGUUUAUGGUAUUUUUGGCAGCGAUCUUGUGGCCAGAAGUAGUGCAGGAUCGGAAACUGUUCUUCUUAUUGACGAUGACGGGUGUCCUGUGGAACCGACUGUUAUCCAGGCUCUUGACAGGCUUCCUGGGUCAAAAUCGUUGGUUGCUCCAUUCCAAGCAUUUAAAUUUGCUUCAGAUUCUGCUGUCAAAUUCCAAAUGACUGUUUCCUAUUGUUUGGAUACCUGCCCACCGGCGGAUUGUGCAGUUCCACGAUCAAGUCAUACCCGUUCUUAUGGUAAAAAGAGGAGAAGGAGAAGGAGGAGAUCUGCCGCCCAGUUUUUCGAUAUUCUUCCGGGUGACGUUGUUACAGACGUGACAAUGGAAAGCCCAAUGUUCCUUGUCAACAAUCUUAAACCUACUCUGGACGAUGAACAGGCAGGACCUGGAGGGCGCUGGGAGCCACAGUUUCAGUUCCAAGACCACUCGGAAGGUCACAUUCGCAUCAAAGCACAAACCCAAGGAAUGUGCCUCUCCAUGACAACACUGUACGUGAUCGGAGCCGUGAUUGGAGCCAUCCAGCUGGUUAUUAUAUUCGCAUGCGCUGUUUUUUUCUUCUACCGGAGCGAUUGCGAUGCGAAAGAAAGGAGUUGUAGCACUUCUACCAGAAGUUGGCCAUCCGUCUCAAGUCGGCGAAAACUCGUCUGCAACCAGUCCUAGAUUCGACCUGAAAUUAACGAACAAAUCUGUGGAACUCAAAAGUUUGAUAGCUCAAAAUAUCAUUACUAAAGCAAUGUGCCUUUCUUAUUUUCGCCUGAAAAGCUUCAGGCACCACUUUUUUCCUCUCGUUUAUCAGUUCAAAACGACUUAAAAAGUCAAACACGUUCUCUUUCUUCUAUUUUAUUGAUCGCGUUGAAAAAUAUUUAUCUAUUGUUUUAUAUGUUAUAUGUUUCCGAAGGUUUUUCCAAAUACAAUUUGUGUUUAUAAAUUUUGGGAGCUGACUUUAAGUGAAACGUUUUCUGAUGUGAUAUUCAAUAAACAUUAAUAACAUUUAAAAUAGGUUUUCUGACCACAGGGCCAUUUGUUUAGCCUAGAAUUUACCAAAACAAGGUAUAAGAUUUCUAAUAUGUUAAUUAAAUAUAUUUUUUAAAGUAUUUACUUAACUGUAUUAAAUUAGAUAAUUUAAAUUCUAAUAUAUAAGGGUCUGGAUUAUUUUCGAAUAGUAAAAAUCCUAAUUAAGGGUACAAUUUAAAUUCUAAUUAAAAGCACCUGAAUUAUUUUCAAAAACAAUGACUUCUAGUAAAUUAGAGAAUUCAUGUUAUAAUUAGCAGGCAUGCGAAGUAUUCCUAAUAAACAGGAAUUCUAAUACAUAAGUGAUUUAUAUUUUAGCAAAUAAACCUAAAUUAAUUUUAAGAAAACAGAAAAUCAAGUUAAGUUCGGAGGUUUAAAAUUUAGGUAAUAAGAAUUUUAAUCAUAUUUGUUAGUCAAAUAUGAGUUAUAGCUUGUAAUAUUUUUUAGUCAUUAUAAAUGAAAAAUUCUAAUCCUGUGCUUUAGCAUUUUCAUUCUUACCCACCUAUUUUUAAAUUCUUAUUUAUUUAUUUCUUAGCUAGCUUUUCUUUCUUUUUUCCCCUCUUCUUCCAGCUUUGGAACGUUCAGUGCCAUUCAUUAUUCCCUUUCAGCUAGUUUGCAAAUUAUUUUAUUAAAAAUAUGAUGUUCUACUUCAUGCUUUUAUUAUUUUAAUUUAUAUUUUCAGUGUCUAUCUUGAUUUUUUUUUUUUUUUUUGAAGUCGUACUGUUUAACAUGUGUUUCAUUUUAAAAACCCAGUGGCAGCUAUUUAAUAGAAUGAAGUGUUUGUUCUUCAUUCUGCACUGUAAAUAUUUGAUCUCGCGAUUUUGUGUUUUUCUACUAUUUUUCACCGAGUGUAUUAAUCAGAUGCUCAACAUGAAAUGUGAAAACACUCAUGUGUAUGUGUAUUGUUUUAUUUAUUUCAAACCUCCUGAUAUGUUAACGGCUUAUGUUUUGAAAUUCGUCAUAAUACAACGAAUAACAUGGGUUUGAAAAUAAGCAGAAACAGACUACGUACGUACAUCAUCUAAUUUAGAAAUUAAUUUAGUUCUUUAUACAUUCACAAGUACAAUUGCUAGUUCAAAAAUGAGAAAAAUUUUAAUCUAUAAAGUAAUUGGAUGAAAAGUGUUUCUGAUGAUAAGCAGUUCCAGAAUAUUAUAGCUUAUUUUCAGAUUAGUAACUUAAAUAACAUAUAUUUCGUUUUAUUAUGGCGAAAACAUUUCUAAUGAGGUGAUAAAACAUAAAAACCCAGGGUUGUUGAUUCAGGUGUGUGGUCUUAAGGGAGUCAGUGUGGUUGCGUUUUCUUGUUGGUUAAUGUUUUCUGUGUUUUCAACUUUUAUGUAUAUUUUACAUGCUAUGGUUGUGAAUAAAGUUGAAGCUGUACUUUUUUAGA